CAUGUUUGUGUUGUUCUGUUUGUGCUGGUGCUGUCAGAUUGGUGUGUUUGGUGCAGAAACAAAUGAAAUACAGUCAUUGUCAGUGAUGGAGGGAGAUUCUGUCACUUUAAAAACGAAUGUUGCAGAAUUACAUGAAGAUGACGACAUAACAUGGAAAUUUGGAGCUGAAAAGACUCUCAUCGCUAAAAUCAGCACUGAGAAACGAAUCUGCACAUUUAAUGAUACUGAUGGGAGAUUCAGAGACAGACUGAAGGUGGAUCAUCAAACUGGAUCUCUGACCAUCACAAACAUCACAACUGAACACACUGGACUCUAUGAACAGCAGAAAAGGGGAGUGAAACAGACAUCAAAAACAUUCAGUGUUUCUGUUUAUCGUGUGUUUGGUGAGUCAGUGUCAGUGAUGGAGGGAGAUUCUGUGACUCUCAACACUGAUGUUACUGAAAUACGUGAAGACGAUGACAUACGGUGGAAAUUUAGAGCUCACAGUUCUCCCAUAGCUGAAAUCAAUAGAGAUAAACAAAUCUUCUCUACACAUGAUGAUGUUCUUGAUGGGAGAUUCAGAAACAGACUGAAGCUGGAUCAUCAGACUGGAUCUCUGACCAUCACAAACAUCACAACUCAACAUGCUGGACUCUAUAAACUACAGACAAGUGGAGCAAAACUGACAUCAAAAACAUUCAGUGUUUCUGUUUAUGCUCACCUGCCUGUUCCUAACAUUACCAGACACUGUUCUUCAUCAUUACCAGCAUCAUCAUCAUCAUAUUGUUCAUUGCUGUGUUCAGUGGUGAAUGUGGAUCAUGUGACUCUCUCCUGGUACAAAGGAAACAGUUUAUUGUCCAGCAUCAGUGUGUCUGAUCUCAGCAUCAGUCUCUCUCUACCUCUGAAGGUGGAAUAUCAGGAUAAAAACACCUACAGCUGUGUGCUCAACAAUCCCAUCAGCAACCAGACCAGACACCUGGACAUCAGUCAACUCUGUCACACAUGUGCAGGUGUGUUUAGUGAGUCUGUGUCAGUGAUGGAGGGAGAUUCUGUCACUCUAAACACUGAUGUUACUGAAAUACUUAAAUACAACAACAGUGGAAAUUUGGAGCUGGCAGUUCUCUCAUAG